AAAGCCACGCACAGACGACAUUAUUCUGUAUAAAAGAGACCUGCAGAUCAUCCAGACGACACACUUAGCAAGCUGGUCCAGGCUUUUCUACCAAUUGAGACUUUGCCUUGAACUAUGGAUUCACUCAAAGUAGUUCUCAUUGUUUGUUUGUUAAUAUACGGCUCCCAUGGCACCAAAAAGAGCAGGGAGGAAAUAGUGAAAGAGAUUCUAGGCAGAGCUAACCCUAACAACAUUCCCAUUGUUGACGAGCAGCCUGUCAAAGUGAGUUUCAAGUAUUCCCUGCAAGACAUUUACACAGCAGAUGUGGGAACUGAUCAAGUCGAGCUUGGCCUGUGGUUGGUCAUUAGCUGGAAGGACAGGUCACUAAGCUGGUCCAACGAGUGCACCACCUUCAAUGAGUUGACUUUGCCAUCAAAAUACAUCUGGUUACCCCACAUUGAGGUCUACAACUCUAUUGGCAAACCGGGGAUCCACUCCGACCAACUCGUCAGAGUUUACAAAGAUGGCACUGUCACCUUCGUCCCGCAGUACACCAUACGUUUCUCCUGCGCCUUAGAAAAUGUCACCACAGAACAGGGCGCCGCUUGCACCUUAAAGUUUGGACCUUGGACGUACGACGUUCGUGACUUGGUCCUGGACGAGAGCCAGCAGGUCGACUUGACCACCUAUGCUGGCGGGGAAAGGUUUCAGCUGAUAGAAGCCAAGCAGAAAGUCAACAAGAAGACCUAUCCAUGCUGCCCGCAGUCUUUCGAGGAUAUAGAGCUUCGUAUCACCUUCAAAAAAAUAUAACUGUAACUUUAGAUAAAACGAAACCCCUGGAUAAAACGAACCCUGGAUAAAACGAACCCUGGAUAAAACGAACCCUGGAUAAAACGAACCCUGGAUAAAACGAACCCUGGAUAAAACGAGCACUAUCUAUUUUGUUGUUAUAGUGGUGGAUCAUGUGGAUUCCUACAACCAAGCUGUGACGAUAAAAAACAGUUGCUUCAAACUUAACAAUGUAAUCAGCAAAAUGUGUAAUCAAUGUAAUACACACUUGUAAGCAAUACAAUCAACUCAAGCACAGCAUAAACAAAA